CUGUUUGUGUUCCGUCCCAGCCAUGGAUGAGCGGCAGGUCCAGGUGAGCGACACAGAGCAGAGAGUCCAACGAGAGGAGACCUGGAGGAGGAGGAGGAAGAAGGCCAUCUCGUCUGCCUCCAGCGCCUCCAUGGAGCACGUCACCGUGGAGUUCGUUUUACCCACGGUGGCGCGGAGCGGGGGCGGCCCGGACCGCCUGCUGCUGGACGUGGCCGGAAACUGGACCGUGGACCAGGUCAAAGCCCAGCUGUGGCUGAAGGCGGUGACGUCAAACCUGUGUCCAGACUUCUACCAGCGCUUCACCCCUGACCACUGCAUCCUGCUGUACCAGAAGAAGGGCACCAUGUGUGAGAUCUACGACAAGCACCAGGUGUUCCAGACGCUGGACUGCAUUCGUUACUGGAGAGCUCUGAAGAAAGACAGGGGGCAGAUCCAGCUGGUGCCCCGCCCCCAGCCGUCGGAGGAGUCCGUACGGUACCAGAGCUACCUGAACUACCUGAUCGGCUACGACGUGACCGACGUCAGCGACGUUCACGACGACGAGCUGGAGUUCACACGCCGCAAGCUGCUGACGCCGCGGCGCAUUGAGCUGUCCAACCGUGACCCCCAGCUGUACUCUCUGGACCCCUGGGUGACCCGCAAGCCUCUGCCUGAGCAUCUGCUCAGCAAAGUCAGCAACGGUCACAUCCUGGUGGUGAUCCACAUCUCCACGGCCAGUCAGACCAUCAAGGUGUCCAUCGACGACACCCCGGCCCAGGUGCUGCUCAGCUUCUUCUCCAAAGUGGCCAACAAGAGAAGUUUGUUUGGUCUCCCAGAGGACGUGUGUGAGGCCGACUACGUGCUGCGUGUCUGUGGACGGGAGGAGUUCCUGUAUGGAGACAAACCUCUUCAGAACUUCAACUGGAUCAGACAUUGUUUGAAAAACGGUGAAGAAAUCCACCUGGUUCUGGAAAAGCCCCCUGACCCGGACCUUGAUCAGGUCCAGAAGGAGGACUGGGCUCAGGUGGACGACUGCACCGGAGUGGCAGGUACCCACGAGCAGCUGACCAUCGACGCCAAAGACCACGAGCGCGUCUUCACCGUCUCCAUGUGGGACUGUAACAGGAAGUUCAGAGUCAAGGUGCUGGGCCUGGACAUCCCGUCACUGCCCAAGCUCUCAGAGUGCAUGGUCUUCAUCGAGGCCAGCAUCUUCCACGGGCAGCAGCUGUUGGCACAGGAGAGAACCUCUUCAAAAACCUUCACCGAGGAGGUUCUGUGGAACUGCUGGUUGGAGUUCAGCAUCAAAAUCAAGGACCUUCCAAAAGGGUCGCGUCUCAACCUCCAGGUGGUUUGUGGGAAACCUCAGAGCUCCAGCAGCAAAGGAAGCUCCUACCAGGACAGUCCAGGAGGAGGAGAGGAGAGGGGGGGGGGGAACCCAACCAAGACCAAAACCCGCACCCUGUACUACGUCAACCUGCUGCUGAUCGACCACCGCUCCCUGCUGCGUCAGGGCGAGUUCAUCCUGCACAUGUGGAAGGUUCCAGAGAAGAGCGAGGAGAGCAGCAGCAGCAUCAACGCAGACAAGCUGACCUCCGCCACCAACCCCGACAAGGCGUCCUCCAUGGCCGUGGCCGUCCUGCUGGACAAGUACUGUUACCCCGUGGUGCUGCCCAAGACCCGGGACGCCACCCCCGGGGGCGAGGACUCGGAGAGCGGGGAGCGGGGCCAGAGGGAGAUGCCCAACCACCUGAAGAAACAGUUUGAGGCCAUCGUGGUGACGGACCCCCUGCACCCCCUCAGCCCCGAGGACAAAGAGCUGCUGUGGCAUUUUAGGCACGAGUGCAUACGUGACCCCAGGGCCUACCCAAAGCUGCUGGGCUCCGUCCAGUGGGGGAAACAGGAGGACGUCCUGGUGACGCACCGUCUGCUGGAGCGCAGCUCUGCCUGGGACAGCAGUGUCCUGGACGUCGGUCUGGCCAUGCAGCUGCUGGACUGUCAUUACUCUGACGCCCAGGUCCGUUCACUGGCCGUCAGGAAGCUGGAGACGCUGGAGGACGAUGAUGUCCUCAGGUACCUGCUGCAGCUGGUGCAGGCCGUUAAAUUUGAGCCGUACCACGACAGCGCCCUGGUGAGGUGCCUGCUGAAGAGAGCUCUGAGAAGUAAACGCAUCGGUCACUUCCUGUUCUGGUUCCUGCGCAGUGAGAUCGCUCAGUCCAUGCACUACCAGCUGAGGUACGCCGUCCUGCUGGAGGCCUACCUGAGGGGCUGUGGGGAGGCCAUGCUGCAGGACUACAGGAGACAGGUGAAGAUGACCGAGGCCCUGCAGAAGGUCACCAGGGAGAUGAAGGCCAUGGCAGCCGACAAGUAUGAUGUCACUGCACAAGUUGUGUUUCAGUUGCGUCAGAAGCUGGAGAGUCUGCAGUCGUUUGGUCUUCCUGACAGUUUCAGGGUCCCCUACGACCCCGGCCUCAGAGCCGGAGCUCUUCUGAUUGACCAGUGUAAAGUGAUGGCGUCCAAGAAGAAGCCGCUCUGGCUGCAGUUCAAACGAGCCGACCCCACCACCCGCUCCAAAGACCCCAUCGGCAUCAUCUUCAAGGACGGAGACGACCUGAGGCAGGACAUGCUCAUCCUGCAGAUUCUGUUGAUCAUGGACUCCAUCUGGGAAACAGAGUCUCUGGACCUGUGUCUGUUACCGUACGGCUGCAUCUCCACAGGAAACAGAAUAGGGAUGAUUGAGAUCGUGAAGGACGCCACCACCAUCGCCAACAUCCAGCAGAGCGUGGUCGGCAGCACGGGGGCGUUCAAAGACGAGAUCCUUCACCAGUGGCUGAGGGACAAGUGUGUCAGUGAGGACAAGUUCCAGCAGGCCGUCCAGAGGUUCCUGUAUUCCUGCGGCGGUUACUGCGUGGCCACGUACGUGCUGGGGAUCGGAGAUCGUCACAACGACAACAUCAUGAUCACAGAGUCAGGAAAUCUGUUCCACAUCGACUUUGGUCACAUCCUGGGCAACUACAAGAGCUUCAUGGGCAUCAGUAAGGAGUGGGUUCCCUUCGUUCUCACCCCAGACUUCCUCUACGUCAUGGGAACGGCCGGGAAGAAGAGCAGCCCCCACUUCCAGAAAUUCCAGGACGUGUGUGUGAAGGCCUACCUAACUCUUCGACAUCACACCAACCUGCUCAUCAUCCUCUUCUCCAUGAUGUUGAUGACUGGGAUGCCUCAGCUCACCAGUAAGGAGGACAUCGUCUACAUCCGCGAGGCCCUGACUGUUGGCCGCAACGAGGACGAGGCAGAGCGCCACCUACUGGACCAGAUAGAGAUCUGCAGGGAGAAAGGCUGGAUGGUCCAGAUCAACUGGUUUGUUCACCUGGUCCUGGGAAUCAAACAGGGCGUAGACAAACGGUCCACGUAGACCCAGUCUGACAGGUGGGGGUCACGGAGGGGUCACGGAGGUGUUUGACCAAGUAGAGUCUCAGGUUACCUCUGUGUCACCUACUUCUGUUCUAAUCACAUGAAUGUGGUGGAUUUUUAAAGAGUGUUUUUGUUGUGUUGACUUUUUAACUUUUUUAAAGCUGAGCUUCAAACAUAUCGUUGUUUUUAUCUUGUCACGUGACGUCUUUUAGCUCCGCCUCCACUCAUACUGUACCUGAUGUUGAUUUUCGUUGAUGUUGAUCUGAACCAUAGCAGCUGAAUGAACACAGACCAACGAGGGCGCCUCCUACUGGACAAAAUUAGCGUUUCAUUAAAGCAAAUUAAAUGUUUAAAA